AUGUUUAUUAGAAGGCCACUCCACAACCACCACCCUGAAGAACUUUGUCCACCAUGGCAGCAACCUGAACCAUGGUUUCAGGAAAACCCACAGGGUAUUCAGCCACGACCACCUCAACAACCAUAUGGGCAGCUUGAACCACCAAUUGAACCUCUAGAUGAUAAUGAAGAUUUACCACCUUAUCAUGAGGACGAUGAUGACAACCCAGGAGAAGUCAGACCUGAAAUUCCUGGGCUAAAUGGCAUUGCUGGGCAGAAUUUUCCUGUCUCGCUAAUGCAAGCAGGAAGACGUUCAUAUCAUGCACUUCCCAGAGAAAAUGCGGAAGCUCUAAACAUCUUGCUGACAAGAGAUUUGCCUGUUUUGUCAAAUCAAAUGCAGUCGGCAAUUGAACAAACUCAUACAGCAGCAAUUGAAAUGGAAAACCAACCGUAG